CUCAGACUAUGAGGGAGGGUGCCGUCCUUCCAACAGAAAAGCGUUUUUGCUGUCCCGAGUGCAGGAAAUGUUUUCACUUUCAAUCCGGCCUUCGUGUUCAUCUAAGGUGCCACUCGGGUGAGCGGCCGUAUUCCUGUACGCAGUGUGGGAAACGUUUUCGUUUUAAUUCUAACCUUCACGUCCAUAUGAGAUCUCACUCGGGUGAGCAGUCCUUUCCCUGCACUGAAUGUGGGAAAAUUUUUCGUUUUAAGUCCAGUCUUCGCGUUCAUAUGAGAUCCCACUCGGGUCAGCUUCCCUAUUCCUGCUCGGAGUGCGGGCAGUUUUUCCCGACUAAACCGCAACUCGUCGUACAUCAGAGGUCCCACACGGGCGAGAAGCCGUUUUCCUGUCCAGAGUGCGGGAAGGGUUUUGUCACCAAAUCAAAUUUAGAGAGGCACCAAGUUUCUCACACGGGGGAGCGGCCGUACGCCUGCCCCGAGUGCGAGAAAUGUUACUCGCGGAAAUCGCAGCUCGUCAUGCAUCUGAGGUGUCACUCGGGGGAGAAGCCGUAUUCCUGUACUGAGUGCGGGGAAAGUUUUUUGUGGCAAUCCCAACUUGUCAGACAUCAGGUAUUCCAUACGGGCAAGAUGCCGUUUUCCUGUACUGAGUGUGGGCAGAGUUUCCCGUUGAAGUCAGAGCUUGUCAGACAUCAGACGACUCACACGGGGGAGAAACCGUAUCCCUGCCUACAGUGCGGGAAGUGUUUCUCACAAAAGUCCUACCUUUCUGUACACCAGAGAUCUCACACAGGAGAGAAGCCAUAUUCCUGCCCCGAGUGCGAGAAAAGUUACUCACAGAAAUCGCAACUUGUCAUUCAUCAGAGAUUACACACGGGGGAGAAACCGUAUUCCUGCCCUGAGUGCGGGAAAUGCUUCUCACAAAAGUCCUACCUUUCUGUACAUCUAAGGUCUCACACAGGCGAGAAGCCUUAUUCCUGCUCUGAGUGCGGGAAAUGUUAUUCUCGGAAAUUAGAACUUGUCACGCAUCAAAGAUCUCACACGGGCGAGAAGCCGUAUUCGUGCCCCGAGUGCGAGAAGUGUUUUCUACGUAAGACAGAUCUCACCACACAUCAGAGAUUGCACACGGGGGAGAAGCCGUAUUCCUGUGCUGAGUGCGGGAAAAGUUAUUCGCAGAGGUCCUAUCUUUCUAUACAUCGGAGGUGCCACACGGGUGAGAAGCCGUUUUCCUGCUCUGAUUGCGGGAAAUGUUUUUCGAACAAGUCCAAUCUUUCCAUACAUAAGAUAUGCCACACGGGGGAGAAGCCGCAUGCCUGCCCCGAGUGCGGCAAAUGUUUUGUGCGUAAAUCAGAUCUCGCUAAACAUCACAGCACACAUGGGAGAAAAGCCGCAUUAGUGUCCUAAGUGCGGAAAAUGUAUUUCAGGAGUCAUAUACAGUGCUGGUUGAGUUCAAAUAAGAGUGUAGUCUGUACGCCCCCCGCUCUUCAGAACAAAAUAAAAUGAUGGUAAUGGAAGAGCUAGAUAUUACUUAUGGAUUACCAGGGGAGAUCAGACUACAUAGUAAGUAUGACGAUCUUUGUGAGGCAGAAGUAAUGUCAGAUGCAUUUGCUUGAAGUAUGCCACCUGCUGUCUGAAAAUGGUAAAUAUGAAAUUUUCUGGUGUCGUUUCAUAGUUAACUUAUACAUGCAACUAUGUUAUACAUUUUUUUUUUGUAGAUUUGAUUGGCGUGUCUUCAGAUUUGUAUUGGGAUUUUCUUUUUUUUAAACAAUAAAACUAAAUCAUAAAGAUUUUAA